AUGAGUAUUUUUAAUAAAAAAAAGGUUGGUUCAGACCACCAAAAUAUUAUUAAUAAUAAUAAUAAUAAUAAUAAUAAUAAUAAUAAUAAUAAUAAUAAUAAUAGUAAUGAUAAUGAUAAUGAUAAUAAUAAUAAUAAUAAUAAUAAUAAUAAUAAUAAUAAUAAUAAUAAUAAUAAUAAUAAUAAUAGUAAUAAUAAUAAUGAUGAUAGUAUUUAUAAUAAUGGUAUCAACAAAAGAAUAGUACUUAUUAAACCACCUCACGAGUUUUUACACUCUACGGACUACCAACCAUAUUCUUUUAAAGGUUCAACUCAUGCUAUAAGUAAACUUGGGUUAUACUCUUAUAAAGCUGCAGAAAAUCCGGGUGAUUCGUUUAGAUAUUGUAUACAAUUUGUGUAUUUAAAAAAUAAACCAAAAUUAAUUAAUAAAUUCAAAACAAAAGAGGAAUGUUCCAAAUAUUUAGAUUCAUUAGAAAGAAAGUACAAAGAACUCAUAUCAGAUCCAAAAAAUUUUAUGAAACAUCAAUUUUUUUCCACUACUCAUAAUGUUAUUUCCAAUAACAAUAGUACUAGAAAUAAUAAUAGUAGUAGUGGUAAUGACAAAAAAAUAAUUUCUAAAAGUAAUAGCAAUAGUAUCAAUAGCAGUGUAUUUAUAGAUGGAUUAGAGUUUGUUGACAUUUAUGAAAAAUUAGAUGAAGAGAAAGACAAAUUUCUAUUUCUCUUAGGAAACUCUAAAUUUGAAACAAAUAUAGAGUUAAAAGGGGUUGCGAACGACAUGAACUCAAUCGAGAGGUUGUUAAAGGAUCAAUACAAAAUGGAAAGACACUCAAAUUUAGGUUUCAAUGAUUUCUGUGAUAUUUGGGGAUCUUUCAUUAAAAAAAUCAAAGAUUUAGAGACUAAAAAUAAAAGUUUUAAUGUCGUAUUGUUUUUCUUGUCUCAUGGAAGAUGCUUAAAUGGAUCUCUCGAAAUAGAAUUGGCCGAUGGUAGCUUUUACUCCAUUGAGGAAUUGGCGCGAUCUAUUAAUUCUGAACUAAAAGGUGAUUCUAGAGCUUUCUUUUUUAUUGAUAUAUGUAGAAAAGUUAUUGGAGAUGGGGAAUAUUCGCCAACAAUAUAUGGAAAAAUAAAUUAUAUGUAUUCAUGUCAUCAUGGUGGUGUUUCUUACGAAAGUGGCGAUCCACCCAUGGGUCAUUUUACAAAGAAUUUGGUGGAUAUCGUGGGCAAACAUUUCCCUACAAUGGGCCAGUUGGUAAAAAUGUUUAAUAAUUGCAGUGUCAUUAAAUGCAAUAAUAUUUUCAUCGACUAUGGUUCUGAGUUUUCAAUUUUAAAAAAAAAGAAACUUGAUCAUAUUGACCCAGAUUUUGUAUAUAUAGAUAAGGUUUAA